AUGCAUCAAAGGAAAACCGCAGUUUCCAUUUCAAGGCGAUGGUGGAUCCCGUUGAAGGAUAAAACGGCACGACGGGAAUUCAUGAAAGAAUUUUACGACAUGGAAGUUGUGCAUGGAACGCAUUAUUUCGGGAAAAGUGAGCUACAUACUGUGGAAAAAAUUUUUUGGUUGACAAAUAUUUUCCUGUGUCUCUGUUUCGGAAUUUGGGUUGGUCUGCAAACAUGGGAACAAUAUCUUAAUAAAAGUGUCGUUUUGUCAAUUCGUCGAGAUCAUUAUUCGUGGAAUACAUCAAUGCCUGCUUUGACUAUUUGUCCGAAUUAUGAACGGAUUAGUAGACGACUUUUUAAUAUUUAUGCGAAAAAUAAUAAAAUAGAAGAUGAGUAUCAAGAUGAUUUAUAUGAUUUUUUGGAAUCGAUGGCAAAUGCUACUUAUGCAACAUUUAAAAAUAUCAAAAAUUUCACAAAAGUUGAUGAAAUAUUGGAACAACUGAAGAUAACUCCCAACCUGUACAUGAAAAUAAUUGCAAAAUUAACCGAGGAUUUGAGUCAAGAAGACAAUUUCGACAGAAAAAUCAAAAACAUCAACGAUUUGGAGCCCAUUUCAGUCGUUCGUACCUUGACAGAAUUCGGAAUUUGCUACACGACAAAUAGUUAUGUCUCUGCCAACAUGUCAACGAGUUUCCUCCUGUCGAACCAAUUUCCGGACAUGGAACGGUAUUACUACGACGUGGAUCGCAUUAAAAUUGUCAAAUACGGAAAUCUCUUUGACGGACAUUUGACAUACAAUUUUAAUGGAUUCCAAAAACUAAUUACCAUCUACCUGCAUAGUCCGUUCGAGGUAAUGAAUGUGGCGAAAAGCAUGGGAACGACGCCAGACACCUUGGAGUUUGAGACUUUUUCCACGGAAAUGCUCGCCGAGCCGCAUUUGCAGGAAAAUACGUGGGUCAUUCAGCGCAAGUGUCGCUUUCACAACGAAAGUAAUUUGCAGCAUUUUCCCGUUUACACAAAGCGACUUUGUUUGGCGGAAUGUCGAUGGAAGCUGCUGAUGGAAAAAUGUGGUUGCAUUCCGCAUUUCAUACCGAAUAAGGGAGUUUUUGUGAAGAAACCGAAACGCGUUUGUAAUUGGAAAGAACUUGAAAGUAUGUGCAGCUCCGCAUGA